AUGGGCGGCUACUUAUCGACGUUUACAAAGCUGAUAUGGGCGAAGAAGGAGAUACGGAUAUUGAUUCUGGGGCUGGAUAACGCUGGAAAGACGACGCUACUAUACAGACUGAAGAUUGGCGAGGUAGUCACAACGAUACCAACAAUAGGCUUCAACGUCGAAUCCGUCACAUACAAGAACCUCAAUUUCAACGUCUGGGACCUCGGCGGCCAAACCUCCAUCCGCCCCUACUGGCGCUGCUACUACGCCAACACCGCCGCCGUAAUCUUCGUAAUCGACAGCACAGACAUCGAGCGCCUGACCACCGCCAGCGAAGAACUGCGCGCCAUGCUCAACGAAGAAGAGCUGCGCGACGCCGCCCUCCUCGUCUUCGCAAACAAACAAGAUCAACCGGGUGCAAAGGGCGCGGGCGAGAUCAGCGAGGCGCUCAAGUUGGGGGAGCUCAAAGAUAGGAAUUGGAGUAUCGUGGCUUGUAGUGCGGUGGAUGGAAGGGGUGUCCAGGAGGGUAUGGAUUGGCUGGUGGGGAAUGUUGGGGAGCAGAGUUAG